UUUCAGUCGCAGUUUGACACCGUCAAAAUGUUCCGCACCGCUCCCCGCCUCGCUGGGUUCAUGUUCCGUGAGAACCGUGUCCCCCACUACCAGCGCCUUUUCCAGCAUCACGACGGCAAGCGCCAGUGGUGGAAGACCUCGCGCAGCAAGUUCGUCAUGUACCCCUACCUCAUCUCCGUCUAUGGCCUGGGAAUUGCCACCACCUACGCUAUGGGCCGCAUGGUUUUCGGCCACAAGACCUGGUUCGGCAAGGAUUAGAUAGCCUCGCCUAAUUUAUAUCUGUUCCACCAUACAAAACAGCAUGUUCAAGAUUAAUUGGCGGUGUAUCUCUAGGAUUUCUGGUCGUUCAGUUACGAGGGAGAAUUCCAACGUUGUACAUAAGAUACGCUAGGAAUCAAUACGUGAAUUGUUUCCCUCGC